UUCCCAACAAGGGGAUGUGAGUUAAAGGGACGUCACUUCCACUUGGUGCGCGCGCGGAAGAUGGCGACGUCCCUGGGAUCAAAUACAUACAACAGACAGAACUGGGAAGAUUCGGACUUCCCUAUUCUCUGUCAAACAUGUUUAGGUGAAAAUCCAUAUAUUCGUAUGACCAAGGAAAAAUAUGGCAAAGAAUGUAAGAUCUGUGCUCGUCCAUUCACUGUUUUCCGCUGGUGUCCUGGUGUGCGAAUGCGCUUUAAGAAAACUGAAGUCUGUCAGACCUGCAGUAAGAUGAAAAAUGUCUGUCAGACCUGUCUGCUGGACCUAGAGUACGGUCUUCCUAUUCAGGUCAGAGACACAAGUCUGUCCAUUAAAGACGAGAUGCCAAGAUCUGAUGUGAACAAGGAGUAUUACACACAGAAUAUGGAGAGAGAGAUCCAAAACUCUGAUGACACGAGACCUGUGGGGAUGCUGGGUAAAGCUCAGAAACCUAGCGACAUGCUGCUCAAACUGGCCCGAACAUCACCGUACUACAAACGCAACAGACCUCACAUCUGCUCAUUCUGGGUAAAGGGAGAAUGCAAGAGAGGGGAGGAGUGUCCAUACAGGCACGAGAAGCCCACAGAUCCUGAUGACCCUCUCGCCGAUCAAAACAUUAAAGAUCGCUAUUACGGCAUAAAUGACCCGGUGGCGAAUAAACUCCUGAAUAGAGCGUCGGCCAUGCCACACCUGGAUGUGCCCGAGGACAAGUCCAUCACUACAUUAUACAUAGGAGGAUUGGGAGAAGACAUUGCUGAUUCUGAGCUCAGGAGUCACUUCUAUCAGUUCGGGGAAAUUCGUACGAUCACACUGGUUCAGAAGCAGCAGUGUGCGUUCAUUCAGUUCGCCACGCGUCAGGGAGCGGAGCACGCCGCCGAGAAAUCCUUCAACAAGCUCAUCAUUAACGGCCGUAGACUGGCGGUGAAGUGGGGUCGUUCUCAAGGCGCUAAAGGCAAAGACAUCAGUGAGGGCUUCAGUGAGAUGGGAACCAGACUGGAUCCAGUACCUGGUCUGCCAGCACCUCUACCGCCACCUACAGCUCUGGAGAAUGAAGCCCCAGCCAAUUACUUUAAUCUGGACCCUAGUGGUCCUGCAGUAAUGAACCUCAGUCUUCCCCCUCCACCUGGACUCCCAAACCCACCACCACCAGGUUUUGGACAUCCCAUGUUCCACCCCAUGGGUCUUCCUCCACCUCCACCGAUGAGUUUAAGACCUCCUGGCCACAUUCACUACCCCUCCCAGGAUCCUCACCGCAUGGGUGCGCACUCUGCCAUUCGCCACUCUGAUUGAUUAACUCCUCCCACUUGGACUUCUUCUGCCAAUCGGGUGUUGUUCGUUUAGCAGUCGUGGUAAAGCUGCUGAAGAUGAAUGUGAACUGGCUCUGAAUGUGAUGUCAUCAGAGGGUGGAGCCUGAUCUGUGAUAUCAUGACUGGCGGGUAAAUAGAUGGCCCUGUCUGUUAGGUGCACACGCCGUGGGAGUUGCCAGUAAUGGCGAUGGUUGGAUUGAGUUUGACUUUGUAAUUCAGGUGGAUUGUAAUGCUAUUGUAUGGUACGCCAGCACUUCUGUCACUAAGCUCAUCGACAGUCACUUUAUGCCUGUAGUACCUCAUGCAUCACAUCCUAACAACUAUAAACAUGCUCUUAUUCUCCAUCUGAUUCUGGCACGCUAACAAGGAGAAAAUUGCAAUGGCUGCUUGUAUUAUGAAACCAUUUUGCCAAAUCUCUGAGCGUGGAUCUUUAAUUUAAAGACAAAGCUCCUGCUGAUUUAAGUCUUGAGGAAAUACUAAAAUCGUUCUUCAAUAUAAAUGCCAAGAGCUAUUCAAAAACCUUUAUUAUGUUAUACACAUCUCUUUGGGGUUGAACACAUGAUUUAUUGAUCAUUUCAGAAAUUGCUUUUCUUUCUGUUUGUAAAUUAUUUUUGUUUAGGAAAAAAAAUUCUGAAAGUGUCAUUUUGAGAACAUUAAAGCAAAUGUCGUGAACAUUUUCUGUGUGCUG